AUGGCAAGGAAAUGGCAGAAGUUUGCAGCCAACCAGAGGAAGAAAAUUUCUUUUACAAGAUCCGAUUACAAUGAUGCAGAAAGCUGUAGCACAUCAUCUUCUAUAGUUGGCAAAGGGCAUUUUGUGGUCUAUACAACUGAUCAGAAGCGAUUUGUGGUUCCUUUGGCUUAUCUACAACAUGAUGUAAUCAGACAACUGUUGCACAUGUCUGAAGAAGAGUUUGGACUUCCCAGUGAUGGACCUAUUACAUUACCAUGUGAUGCACUAUUCAUGAACUACAUCGUAUCACUCAUCAGAAGAGGUGUACCUGCAGAUCUUCAGAAUGCUUUGCUUGUAUCAGUCGCUUCCAGUCGAUGCUCAUCAGCUUCAUACCUUCAAGAACCAAGUCACCGACGAUUCCUAGUUUGUUGA